UUAUAUUAUAAAGUAGACCAACUUCUAGGUAGGGAGGUGGUUCUGCAGUUAAUAGUGCAAGUUCAAGUUCAAGGUCUAGUCUCCAGUCCAGGUCUAUGGAGUCACAUCUUGAAGGAGGAGGAGGGCAUAAUGGAAACUCUGGGCACUUGAUAUUGAAGUCCCAGAGCUUAGAGAUCCUGCCGUGACUCUUAUCGGCAGAGUGACCCUUUCAAGUCCUCAACCUCUUGAGCCUUGGGAUUUCCUCAUCUGUAGAAUGAGAGCACGAUGUCUCCGAGAGUUGAUGUAAGAUUCAAGGAGAUUUGUGCUUCUCAAGCUGCAAAAUGCUGCACUUGCUGCAUUCAGGUGACGACUCCAUCCGCACCCUGGGCCUGAUCCUCGGCGUGGGGCUCUCACUGCUGCUCGUGUCCGUCCUGGGCUACAGCCUGGCCAAGUGGUACCAGCGUGGGUACUGCUGGGAGGGGCCUAAUUUUGUCUUCAACUUGUACCAGAUCCGGAACCUGAAGGAGCUGGAGGUGGGUCCACCCUUCACCAUCAGUGGCCAUGUCAGCAGUUCCAAUGGCGACUACAGGAAGUUCUCCGACAAGCUAGUCUGAUGGGGAAGUGUCAGGCUUUGGAGUCCCCGGAGAGAAUCGACCUUUCCUCUUGGUGCGAUUCUCAGUUUGGCUCAGGCCGGCACGCUCGCAGCCCAGAUGGAACGGCAGGCAGAACGGGAGCCGGCCGGGAACGGUGAAUGUUCUCAGCCCCAGCACGGUCCUUUCCAAACCUGACAGCAAGCCGGACUCAUCUAGAUAGAUCUAGGAGGGUGUUUCAAACUUUUCUGGACUAUGAUCCCAAAUAAGAAACGUGUUCCAUGAUCGCCUGUAUAUAGACAUCCCGUAAACUGAAAGCAGUUUCGCCAAAGAGUGCGUUUUACUAGCCGGGUACUGUGGUCUACACUACCACUCUCUCCUGUUCUACUCCUGUUCUAGUCUAUCCUACCCUGUCCUAUCCUGUCCCCUCCGUUACCCUCGCUUGUCCAUUUCAUUUUUUAAAAUGCUGGAUGUGAGACACAAAAUUAACUUCUCCAACGUUCACCAGAUUAAGUGACCUGCGCAAACACAGGGUGGCUGCCACGUGGGGCAGUGGAACGAGCACAGAAUUAGCAGUGGGGGAGGAGCUGCUCCCCACGACCUGCCAGGGGUCCCAGGGAAAGUCACUUAAUCCCUCUCCCCCUUGCUGUUCCGUCUCAGCCACACUGGGGUUCUUCCUGCUCAUGCAUCAGCUCAGUGCUCUCAGGGCCUUUCCACAUGCUACGCCCUGUGGUGGGAACACUUCUUUCAGCACUUGCUCUGGCUGUGUCGUUCUAACAUUCGGGUCUCAGCUCAGAUGUUUCUCCCCAGAGAGGCCUUCCCGAUCAUCCUGGCUAAGGCAGUACUGCGACCCUCUCUACAUUCACCUCGUUUACUUCUUCCUAGCACUUGGUUCCUGAAAUUCUUUUUAAAUUUAUUUUCUGCCUCCCACCACAACCUGCUCUCUAGCCACACUUACUCCCCACACCCAGCAGAAUAUAAGCUUCUUGAGGACAGGAGCUGUCUAGUUUUGUCUGCCACUCUGUUCCCGGAACUUAAACUGAGCUGGCACAUAGGAGGCUCUCUUAAAGUUUGUUGACUGACUUACUGACUCAGCACCCCUGCCCUCAUUCCCUUUGUAAGUUUGGACUCGAAUGCAACUCUUAAUUGGUUGAGUUCCUAUGAAUAUCCCACAAGUUGGGGAUUAAGGAUCAUCUGUUUCUAGAGCCAGACUGCAUGGUUCAUACCCCAGUUCUGCCUUGUAUCAGCUGUGUUGCCUUGGCUGAAUUAUUUGCCCUCUUAGUGCUUUAGUUCCUCGCCUAUAAAACAGAAAUAGUCACAG